CCGCCGCGGGCGCAUCCACCGGGCAGCGCCCGCCGCCGCCGCCGCUCCUGCCCGGCGCCCACCUGCGGCGGCGGCUGCCCCGGGCCGGGCGGGGGGCGCUGCCGCCGCCGGCUCCGCUCCCCCACCCCUGCCUGCCCUCCAGGAUGAGCCCGGAGUAUUUCCUGCGCUCCUUGCUGCUCAUCAUCCUCGCCACCUUCUCGGCCAACGCCAGCAACUGGCUGUACCUGGCAAAGCUGUCUUCUGUGGGGAGCAUCUCCGAGGAGGAGACCUGUGAAAAGCUGAAGGGCUUGAUCCAGCGCCAGGUGCAGAUGUGCAAGAGGAACCUGGAGGUGAUGGACUCGGUGCGGCGCGGAGCUCAGCUGGCCAUCGAGGAGUGCCAAUACCAGUUCCGCAACCGCCGCUGGAACUGCUCCACGCUGGACACCCUGCCCGUCUUUGGCAAGGUGGUAACACAAGGGACGCGGGAGGCAGCGUUCGUCUAUGCCAUCUCUUCGGCAGGGGUGGCCUUUGCAGUGACCCGAGCCUGCAGCAGCGGCGAGCUGGACAAGUGUGGCUGUGACCGCACGGUGCAGGGGGGCAGCCCACAGGGCUUCCAGUGGUCAGGCUGCUCCGAUAACAUCGCCUACGGCGUGGCCUUCUCGCAGUCCUUCGUCGAUGUCCGCGAAAGGAGCAAAGGGGCUUCUUCCAACAGAGCAUUAAUGAACCUCCACAACAAUGAGGCAGGGAGGAAGGCGAUCCUGAACAACAUGCGGGUGGAGUGCAAGUGUCAUGGUGUGUCAGGCUCCUGUGAGUUCAAGACGUGCUGGAAAGCCAUGCCCCCCUUCCGCAAAGUGGGCAACGUUCUGAAGGAGAAAUUUGAUGGUGCCACAGAGGUCGAGCAGAGUGAGAUUGGAUCCACCAAAGUGCUGGUGCCCAAAAACUCCCAGUUCAAGCCGCACACGGACGAGGACCUCGUCUAUCUGGACUCCAGUCCUGACUUCUGUGACCACGACCUCAAGAACGGUGUGCUGGGUACCAGCGGCCGGCAGUGCAACAAGACCUCCAAGGCUAUUGAUGGCUGCGAGCUGAUGUGCUGCGGCCGGGGCUUUCAUACGGACGAAGUGGAGGUUGUGGAAAGGUGCAGCUGCAAAUUCCACUGGUGCUGCUCCGUCAAGUGCAAACCCUGCCAUCGGGUGGUGGAAAUCCAUACGUGCCGGUGAUGCACGGAGGGGAGUGCCCAUCUGUCCCCCUCUCUAACUGACCCUGCUUCUCCCCUGCCCUAUGGCCAGGACUGAGGAAGUAACCCAGAUGCUGCAGGGAGAGCGCAGCGCUUUACAGAGACAGAGCCCCAGAGGAAAACAGAUUUUAAAGAAAAAAAAUAUUUAAAGUUUAAAAAAAUCGA